ACUUAAUGAAAGAUGUCGCCACAGUAAGUGCCUAUACGAGUUUAGGUUGAAAGGGGCAAAGUGCCAGUGUGCCAGUUAACAGUGUCUAAAGUUAUGGAGUCCGAACGAGAAAAUAAACGAAAACGAGGUAGUGGCAGAUGUAGAGAUGAAAAUAAAACAAGAAAAGAUUCAGGGAAAAGUUAUGUGACUUAUAAAGGAGUUCAAAAGCCUGCUAAAGUUCCACCGCAAAAUGAGGUAACAUGUAAAUGUUACUUUGAUUGUAAAACAUUAUGUCCGGAGAGAAUGAGACAUCUAAAUGAAGAAUUUUAUAAGCAAAAUACAACCGUACAGGGUACAUACCUUAUGACUCUUAUACAUCUUGCACCAGUAAGUAGACGUAGAAAUGGGUUAUACGAGGAUUCCAGUGAUAGCCGUCGUCAACAUACAGUGCAUUAUACUGUUUCGAAUGCAAAAGGAGAAAUGAUCAGGAUUUGUAAGACUACAUUUAUGAACAUAUUCUCAGUAACUAAAAAAAGGUUGGAAUGUUUAAUUAAAAAGAAAAGACUAGGACACACAACUUAUACUGAUAAACGAACUUCUAAUAAACCUAAAAAGUUUAAUGAGCAGGAUACAGAAAUGAUUAAAACACACAUUCGUUCAGUACCAAGGCAGGAAAGUCAUUAUUGCAGAAAAAAAAGUUCUCUUGAAUAUUUAAGCCCAGAUCUUAAUAUUAGACGACUGUAUGAUGCAUUUCGGCUUCAACAUCCAGAAACUAAAAUAACUAUGGCUUAUUAUAGAUCUGUAUUUAAAAACAAAUUUCCAAACUUGAAAUUUCAUCUCCCCAGAACUGAUACUUGUCGCGUUUGUGAUCAUCUUAACUGUGAAGUAAAAGCAGCAACAGUUUCAAGCAAUAAUGCAAAAGUUAAACUUGAACUGCAUCAUCGUAAAGUUGAAGCGGCUUCUCAGAAGAUGAGGCAGGACUUAGCUAAUUCGAAGUUACCUGGUAGUUCUUUUUCCUGUGUGGUAAUGGACUUACAACAAGUUCUGUUUGUGCCAAGUUUAACGCAUAGCGACAUGUUUUACCUCAGUCAGCUUAGCUGUUACAAUCUUGGAAUUUAUGUGAGUGACAUUAAUCGAUCAUUCAUGUGCACUUGGCAUGAAGGGGUUGCAGGAAGGGGUAGUAACGAAAUUGCAUCUUGCCUUUUAAGCCUGUUAAAUAAAGAAGACGCUGUUACUAAAAAUGAACUACGAAUUUGGACUGACAACUGUGCAGGACAAAAUAAAAACAAAAUUUUAAUAUUAUUGUAUAUCUUCCUGGUGACUCACAAAGUGUUUAAUGUGAUAGAGCAUAAAUUCUUAGUCAGUGGUCACAGUUUCAUGCAGUGUGACCGCGACUUUGGUCUGAUUGAAAAAAGGAAAAGACUCUCGCAACCCAUGGUCCCUAAAGAUCUACACGAUAUUAUUAAAACAGCGAAAUACAAUCCUCCGUUUCAAAUAAUAGAUAUGGAAGAGCACGUAUUUCUUGAUCUUAAAAAAACUGCUGACCAUUUGCUUGAUACUAAAAAUUUACAAAUUAGUAAGCUGAGUGAGAUCAGAGUACAUUCCGGUAACCCUGCAAUAAUAGAAGUAAAGCAAACCCAUUCAGAAUUAGAAAACUGGAAAGGAUUCAAUGUACUAAAAAAACACAAAACCAUUUUAGAUAUUAAGAAUGCCAUUUUAGACGGGCUUCCAUCUACAAAUAAGAUAUCAGAUAAUAAGAAAAAAAGUUUAAAAUCUAUGAUCGGUUAUCUGCAAAACGAAAAUCAUAAACAAUUUUACAGGCAGUUACUAUCUUUAGAUUGAAAUAUACAAUAACACAAUAAUAUAUUUUUAUAUAUGAAAUGUUUGUAUGUCGAUAUAAGUAAUAAAGGCGGUUUAAACAAA